AUGCCAGAAGAAAGGGAUGUAAUAUCUCCAAGCGAUGAGGAGCUGUUGAAAGAAUUGAAGACGGGACAAACUUUUUAUUUAAAGUAUCUUGGAUCAAUGCAAAUUUUCGAAUCGUUAACGAAGAAAAAACCUGAGGAAAGAGAUAACUGGACAAGGCAUUGCAUGUACCGUAUUUGCCAUCAGCUAGGUAUAUGUAAAAAGGAUUCAAGGUGUGAUGAACGGCUUCUUGACAAACUAGGCGAAGUGAAGAUUGAAGACAAAGAUGUUGAACUGAAUGUGGCGUUGCAUGCUUUCAUAAUUCUGGAUAAAGAUGGUAUACGUAUUUUGGAACGACAUCCUAUCCAUGUUAUUUCAUAUGCUUCAUCCGGCACGGAGGAAUGUACCAAAGGAGUGUUUUGCUUUGUAUCACACGUUCGAGAAUUUGGAAGGCGAUGCCUAGUUUUUAUGGAACCUGAUAAGAAUGUCGAUUUUAUUAUGGAAACUAUUCUUCAGAUAUUUCGCCUAAAUAAUAAAGAUCAUCAGAUUUAUGUUAAUGUGUGUAAUUUGCCAGCUGCCUUGGGUCUUGACAGGCAACCUUGGUAUCAUGGUGAAAUGGAACGAGCUACUGCCGAAUCUAUGCUGCAACACGAAGGUGAUUUCUUGGUUCGUAUUAGUCCGAACACUGCCAAUAAUUUCGUGCUUUCCGGUAUUGCCAGUUCAGUCCCGAAGCAUUUCUUGUUGCUGGACGAAAAUGAUCAAAAGGUUCGCAAGCAACAACAAGUAUUCGAAACAAUUGUUGAACUGAUUGAGUACCAUCGAGGGGAGAAUGUGCCAAUUAUCUCGGAAGGUAGUGAAUUGCAUUUGAUUCAUCCCAUUGUAAGUAUUCCUCCAAUUGCUUCCGUUCUUACUGAUCCCGAAUUUUGUGCAUUCACUACGUGUUCUUAA